UGGAGCUCCUGUUUCUGUCUCCGCAGGGACAUUUAGAGCGCUCUGGUGGCGCGUGAACAGGGCACACAGCUUUCCACAGUCCUCUGCGAGACCCGCUUGGCAGCUUUCUCCGAGCCUACUCAGGCCACUUGUUUUCUCAGGGCAGAGCCUCCAGCGAUCUAGGAGGGAAAAGAGAAGAAAGUGGCCCUCGGACCCAGCCCCUGCCGAGAUGUCGGCACAGAGCCUGCUGCACAGUGUCUUCUCCUGCUCUUCGUCCGCGUCGGGCGGUACGGCCUCAGCCAAGGGAUUCUCCAAAAGGAAGCUGCGCCAGACGCGCAGCCUGGACCCAGCCCUGAUCGGUGGCUGCGGGAGCGAAAUGGGCACAGAAGGCGGCUUGCGGGGCUCCACAGUAAGCCGCCUUCACUCUCCGCAGCACCUAGCUGAGGGUCUUGGUUCUCGUUCGGCAUCUUCUCCCCGGAGUCAGCACCCUCGGGCUACCCGGUUCCCGACACCCAGACCUCUGUGCUCCUCUUUCUCCACGCCCAGUACCCCUCAAGAAAAGUCGCCUUCUGGCAGCUUCCACUUUGACUAUGAUGUCCCGCUGAGUCGCAGUCUCAAGAAAAGCAUGGUCUGGGACCUGCCUUCCGUCCUGGCUGGGUCGUCGAGUAGCCGCAGUCCAGCAAGCAUCCUCUGUUCCUCCGGGGGAGGCCCCAAUGGCAUCUUUGCUUCUCCUAGGAGAUGGCUCCAGCAGAAGAAGUUCCAGCCCCCACCGAACAGUCGCAGCCACCCUUACAUCGUGUGGAGGUCUGAGGGUGACUUCACCUGGAACAGCAUGUCUGGCCGCAGCGUGCGCCUGAGGUCAGUCCCCAUCCAGAGCCUCUCAGAGCUGGAGCGGGCACGACUGCAGGAAGUGGCUUUUUAUCAGUUGCAGCAGGACUGUGACCUGGGCUGUCAGAUCACCAUCCCCAAAGAUGGACAAAAGAGAAAGAAAUCCUUGAGAAAGAAACUGGAUUCACUAGGGAAGGAAAAGAACAAAGACAAAGAAUUCAUCCCACAGGCAUUUGGAAUGCCCUUAUCCCAAGUCAUUGCUAAUGACCGGGCAUAUAAACUAAAGCAAGACUUGCAGAGGGAGGAACAGAAGGAUGCAUCGGAUUUUGUGUCUUCUCUCCUCCCAUUUGGGAAUAAAAGACAAAACAAAGAACUCUCAAGCAGUAACUCAUCUCUCAGCUCAACCUCAGAAACACCAAAUGAGUCCACAUCCCCGAACACUCCCGAACCAGCUCCUCGGGCCAGGAGAAGGGGUGCCAUGUCAGUGGAUUCCAUCACCGAUCUGGAUGACAACCAGUCUCGACUCCUAGAAGCUUUACAGCUCUCCUUGCCUGCUGAGGCUCAGAAUAAAAAAGAAAAGGCCAGAGAUAAGAAGCUGAGUCUGAAUCCUAUUUACAGACAGGUCCCCAGGCUGGUGGACAGCUGCUGCCAGCAUCUAGAAAAACAUGGUCUCCAGACAGUGGGGAUAUUCCGAGUUGGAAGCUCAAAAAAGAGAGUAAGACAAUUGCGUGAGGAAUUUGACCGUGGGAUUGACGUCUGUCUGGAAGAAGAGCACAGUGUUCAUGAUGUGGCAGCCUUAUUAAAGGAGUUCCUCAGGGACAUGCCUGAUCCCCUUCUCACCAGGGAGCUGUACACAGCAUUUAUCAACACUCUCUUGUUGGAGCCUGAGGAACAACUGGGCACCUUGCAACUCCUCAUCUACCUUCUACCUCCCUGCAACUGUGACACCCUCCACCGCCUCCUACAGUUCCUUUCCAUUGUGGCCAGGCAUGCAGAUGAUAAUGUCAGCAAAGAUGGACAAGAGGUCACUGGGAACAAAAUGACAUCUCUGAACUUAGCCACCAUAUUUGGACCCAACCUGCUCCACAAGCAGAAGUCAUCAGACAAAGAAUAUUCUGUCCAGAGCUCAGCCAGAGCUGAAGAGAGCACAGCCAUUAUAGCUGUGGUACAGAAGAUGAUUGAAAAUUAUGAAGCCUUGUUCAUGGUUCCCCCAGAUCUCCAGAAUGAAGUGCUGAUCAGCCUUCUGGAGACAGAUCCAGAUGUUGUGGACUACUUGCUCAGAAGAAAGGCUUCCCAAUCCUCGAGCCCUGACAUGCUACAGUCCGAAGUUUCCUUUUCCAUGGGAGGGAGGCAUUCAUCUACAGACUCCAACAAGGCCUCCAGUGGAGACAUCUCCCCUUAUGACAACAACUCCCCAGUGCUGUCUGAGCGCUCCCUGCUGGCUAUGCAAGAGGACAGGGCCCGGGAGGGCUCAGCGAAGCUUUAUAAAGGGCCAGAGCAGUUUACACUGGUGGGCCACUUGCCAUCGCCAAAGUCGAAGUCAAGAGAAAGUUCUCCUGGACCAAGGCUUGGAAAAGAUAUGUCAGAGGAGCCUUUCAAUAUCUGGGGAACUUGGCAUUCAACAUUAAAAAGUGGAUCCAAAGACCCAGGAAUGACAGGUUCCUAUGGUGACAUUUUCGAAAGCAGCUCCCUCCGACCAAGGCCCUGUUCCCUUUCUCAAGGGAACCUAUCCCUGAAUUGGCCUCGGUGUCCAGGGAGCCCCACUGGGCCGGACAGUGGCACUCAGGUAAUGUGGAGGACUCCGACAGCGACCACUGUGGAGCAGAGCAGUGUCCACCUUCCGGUGUCACGUGUCUGCAGCACUCCCCACAUUCUGGGCAGUGGCAGGGAGGCUAAGUGGCCUGCAGCCAGGUCUGAGCCAUACUUGUCCUUAAACAGCACGGAAGACCUGGCAGAAGGCAAGGUGGAUGUGGCCUGCCUACAAAGCCGGGCCCAGCGUGUGUACCAGAGACCUAAGGAGAGUGGCAGAGAUGACAGGCGACCCCCUCCUCCUUACCCGGGGUCAGGGAAGCCUGCCAUGACAUCCAGCCAGCAGCCACUGGAAUCUCACCUAUGGAGGCUCCAGAGGCAUGAAGAAGGUUUGGGAGCAGCUGCAGAAGAAGGAGGCCAUCAGGCCUCAGGAGAGCAUCCAGCCAGGCAAAAAAAACUGAGCAGCACCUACUCCCUCUCAGCCAGUGAGCAGGACAGGCAGAACUCUGGGGAGGCCAGCUGGCUCGACUGGCAGCGAGAGCGGUGGCAGAUCUGGGAGCUCCUGUCAACUGACAACCCCGACGCCCUCCCGGAAACCCUGGUAUGAGCCCGCCAGCAGCUGGAGCCCACCCGCCCAAAAAAACAUCCUCUUCCGGCCCAGACCCGGAAAACUUGCCAAUGGACAAUUG